AAUCAGGAUGAGUGUGAGCAGGAGGACUGAUGACUCAGCAAACUGCAGCUCAGGACUUGAACAAAACAAAACAUGGAAACAGGACAGACACGCACCUAGCACCUACCAAGAUGGCGGCCAGAAUCUCGCCUGGCGCCGUCAGUGGCCGUUCCUGUGUGGUUGGCAGACCCGGCUCGGUUCAGGAGCGGACAUGGAGCUGUCAGGAAACCCAGUUUCUGAAGUUUUAGGAGUUUGGAUUCUGCUGAUUCAGCUGAUGUCAGUCAGAGGUGAGUACUGUCAGGUGAACGUUUGUCAGAACGGGGGAACCUGUGUGACGGGGGUGGGAGAGGACCCCUUCAUCUGCAUCUGUGCCGACGGCUUCGACGGAGWCACCUGUAACCUGACAGAGACAGGACCCUGCAGCCCCAACCCCUGCAGGAACGACGGGUCCUGCCAGGUCGUGGGUCCGAGCCGACGAGGAGACGUCUUCAGCGAAUACGUCUGCAGGUGUCAGCCGGGCUUCGAAGGCGUGCACUGCCAGACCAAUGUGAAUGAUUGUGUCAACCAGCCGUGUAAGAACGGAGGAACGUGUCAAGAUCUGGAUGGAGGGUUUAGCUGCCACUGCCCCUCGCCGUACGUCGGACAGCAGUGCCAGCGCA